AUGAUGGAAAGAGGUGUUGAGCAGAGGAGCCAAGUGGAAGAUGAGGCCAUGUGCACCUCUGCCUCGGAGGGGCUGGAGGAGGGUGAGGUGGAGGGCGAGACGCUGCUCAUCGUGGAGUCGGAAGACCAGGCCUCGGUGGACCUCUCGCACGACCAGAGCGGUGACUCGCUCAACAGCGAUCUGGGGGAGGAUGCCGAGGGUGGCUGGAAUGAAGACAUGGCCUUCUAUUGCGACAAGUGCCACAAGUGGAUCCCCAUCGCACAGCUGCACGGAGAGCAACCCAGCUACCUGAAAGGAGACAACUUCUUCAAGUUCACCUGCUAUGACUGUACAGAAGAUUUCAAGGAGACCUUUGAGAGGAUGAGACUCACCUGGCAACAGGUUGUUAUGUUGGCCAUGUAUAAUCUUUCAUUGGAGGGCAUGGGGCGUCAAGGCUACUUUAGAUGGAAGGAGGACAUCUGUGCCUUUAUUGGGAGACACUGGACCUUCCUACUGGGCACCAGAAAGAAGACUUCCACGUGGUGGAGCACGGUGGCGGGCUGUUUGUCGGUGGGGAGCCCCAUGUUCUUUCGCUCAGGGGCCCAGGAGUUUGGCGAGCCAGGCUGGUGGAAGCUGGUGCAGAACCGUCCACCCACUCUUCGCCCAGAUGGGGACAAGUCCUCUGUGGCCUCCCUAAAGUCUAAAGCUGCCUCCAAGCCAACCCUGGAACCCAUCAUCACGGUGGAAGGCUUACGGAAGCGCGCGGGCCGUAAUCCAGUGGAGUGUGCCAUGCAGCUGAAAGAAAAGCGCUCACGGACCCACGAGGCCAAGGACAUCCGGCGGGCGCAGAAGGAGGCGGCGGGGUACAUGGAUCGCAGCGCCUCCUCCACGCCUGUCAAGUUCAGCGGCCGUGGCGGUGGGAGGCGAUCUGACUUUGUCCUGGAGAAAGGCGAGGUGGUGGACUUCUCCUCAAUGAGCUCCUCGGACCGAACGCCACUCACCAGCCCCUCGCCGUCGCCCUCUCCAGACUUCUCUGCACCCGGCACCCCCGCCUCCCACUCAGCCACGCCCAGCCUGCUGUCGGAGGCUGACCUCAUCCCUGACGUCAUGCCACCAAUGGCACUCUUUCACGAUGACGAGGAGCUGAACGGCGAAGGCUUCAUCGAUCCCGGCAUUGAGUAUAUCCCCUCAUCCAGCAUGUCCCUGGGCACUGGCACCCUUGUCGUUCGCAAGAAGAUGCGACCAGGGGCGCACAUCAAGCAGGAAACAGAGAGUGAUGAAGAGGAGGGCCGUGGCCGGGACGAUGAAGACGACGAGAGAAGGGGGCACAGCAAAGGCCAAUCCAACGUGGCCAGGGGGGCGUGGGGUGGCGGGGAGAGGAGGAGGGGAGUCCUAACAGAGAAGGGGGAGGGUUUGCCUCCCUCAGAGCCCCGGUUUGCCCCCCUCAGCCUUUAUGAAGAGCGCGUGCUGCUGCGGCGCCUGGAGGCCUGUCCACAGGCGCUUGCAGUGACUGCGCAGGCCAAGCGGCUGCACAGGAAGCUACUGGUGAGGCAGGCCAAACGCCAGAGAGGGCUCCCCCUGUUGGACAUCGAUCAGGCGGUCAGUGCCACCCUCAGUCUGGUGGGAGGGGUGUACGGGGGACAGGGCCGCUACGGGGGCUCCGGCACGGGGAAGUACCGCACCACCAGCCAGGACCUCCGAAUCCUCGACCGCUUCCAGACAACAGUGUCCAGCAGAAGAGGGUACCACCAGCCCACAGUUUCCUUCUGGCACCGGAUCAUGGGCUUGGACGCCAGCGUAGACCAGGGCAUCAAAAGCCCGUACACCUCCCGCACUCUCAAACCCUUCAUAAGGAGGGACUACGAGAAUAAGCCUAUGAAGCUGAAGCUGUUGGCGGAGAUCCGUGCCUACCCACACAGGAAGGACCCCCUCUGGGACCCAGAUCCAGAGGCCCCCAUCGACUACUGUUACGUCCGGCCCAACCACAUCCCCUCCAUUAACUCCAUGUGCCACGACAUCUUCUGGCCAGGCGUGGAUCUCUCCGAGUGUCUCCAGUACCCAGACUUCAGCGUCGUGGUCCUUUAUAAGAAGGUGGUGAUCGGCUUUGGGUUCAUGGUGCCGGACGUGAAGUACAACGAGGCCUACAUCUCCUUCCUGCUGGUGCAUCCCGAGUGGAGGAGGGCUGGAAUCGCUACGUUCAUGAUCUACCAUCUCAUUCAGACCUGCAUGGGAAAAGACGUCACUCUACAUGUCUCGGCCAGUAACCCCGCCAUGCUCCUAUACCAGAAGUUUGGCUUCAAGACUGAGGAGUACAUCUUGGACUUUUAUGACAAAUACUACCCGCUGGACAGCAAGGAGUGCCGACAUGCCUUCUUCCUGCGGCUACGGCGGUGAGACAGGAAACGGGACAGGCCAGUAUUCGGGCCAUAGAAAUACAAUUACUAGAAUGGACAAUCCCAUGUAAAUUAACGUUCUAUUGGUGAACUGGUAGCCAUAUUGAGUGUACUAGUCAAAUUGUCGUUGUCUGCUGUAGGGUUUGUAUUUCUAUACAGGCAACCAGUCAGAAGGAGGAAAAAAUAUAUCUGGAAGUGCCUGUGCUAUUCAGUUAAGCCAUUGUAUGUUACACUGUUUCUUUGGUCAUUAUAUUUGUGAGAACCUAUGGUGAGCUAUUUUUGUGGAUCGACUGAAGGACGAUAUUUUAUUGUAAUUUUGUACACUCGCAUUUCUGAAUAAUUCUACAGCUCAAGUGGCAAUUAUAUAAAGAACAAAAUCACUCACAUUCUGUCUUCAUUUGCUUGCUGGAAUAUAUACUGUACAGUGAGAUCCAAAAGUAUUUGGACAGUGACAAAUGUUUUGGUUAUGUAUUCUAGCACUUUGGAUUUGAAAUGAUACAAUGACAGGUUAAAGUGUAGACUGUCAGCUUUAAUCUGAGGGUAUUGUCAUCCAUAUCGAGUGAACUGUUAAUAAAUUACAGUACUUUUACUCCGUAAUACUAACAUAAUUGACAGAGUGAAAAGGAUGCCUGUACAGAAUAAAAAAGUACACAGCAAAAAAUGUGUCAAAGCAAUACAUUUUUUUGUCCUGAAUACAAAGUAUAAUGUUUGGGGCAGGUACAACACAUGACUGAGUACCACUCUCCAUAUUUUAAGAAUAGCAGGGGCUGCAUCAUGUUAUGGGUAUGCUUGUUAUCAUUACGGACUGGGGAUUUUCAAGAUAAAUAAAAAAUGGAAUGAAGUUAAGUACAGGUAAAAUCCUAGAGGAAAACUUGGUUCAGUCUGCUUUCUGCCAGACACUGGGAGAUGAAUUUACCUUUCACCUAAAACACAAGGCCAAAUCUACACUGGAGUUGCUUACCAAGAAGUCAGUGAAUGUUCCUGAAUGGCAGUUACAGUUUUUACUAAAAUAUGCUUAAAUCUUUGCCACGCCUUAAAUGGCUGUCUAGCAACAACCAAUUUAACAGAGCAUGAAGACUUGUAUAAAGAAUAAUGGGAAAAUAUUGUACAAUGCAGGUGUUCAAAGCUCUUAGAGACUUACCCAGAAAGGGUAUGAUGUAAAUGAGAUACUUCUGUGUUUAUUUUUCAAUAAAUUUGCAACAAUUUCUAAAAACAUGUUUUCAA